GGUGGAUGUGGUAUACUUGGACAGAGGGGUGGUGGUAGACGUGGUAUACUUGGACAGAGGGGUGGCGGUGGACGUGGCGGUGGACGUGGUUUACUUGGACAGAGGGGUGGCGGUGGAUGUGGUAUACUUGGACAGAGGGGUGGUUGUAGACGUGGUAUACUUGGACAGAGAGGUGGCGGUGGACUGGUUUACUUGGACAGAGAGGUGGCGAUGGACGUGGUAUACUUGGACAGAGGGUGGCGGUGGAUGUGGUAUACUUGGACAGAGGGGUGGUGGUGGAUGUGGUAUACUUGGACAGAGGGGUGUACGUGGUAUACUUGGACAGAGGGUUGGCGGUGGACGUGGUAUACUUGGAUAGAGGGGUGGCGGUGGGGGCGUGGUAUACUUAGA